AAUCUGCCAGCAGAACUAAUACUUUUCUGUCAAUAUUAAGGAAUUAUUUACUCAAAAUAUGCUCCUAUGUUUUGCUGAAUAGUCACUCAAGUUUUUGUCUCAAGUAUACUAAGAUAUUUGCUCUAAAAAUUAGGCCAAUCAUGCUGUGUUAUCGGUCUCUAUGAAAUUCUAGUUUCACUCUUAAAAUUGAAUGAAUGAAUUAAUUAAAUUAACUUUUCAGUGAUGAUCUAAUUUUUGGAGUUGUGUACUCAGGGCAGCACCACGAACAGGAGAAGCACUUAAAAAGCAUAACUUGUUCUAAAGCACUCCAGUUCAAUCUCAUUACAUUUGCAUUAUCCGGCAGAAAAUUUAUGAUUAUUAUCUCCAGUAACAACAGGAAGUAAUGAUCCUUUCAGCUCUGUAGCUUCCUGGGAGCCAUACUGUAGAAAUCAGAUUGCUUCUCACCGUUUGGAGUCUUUUCAGCUUUUAUUUGAACUUGUUUCAGUUAUUUCCUUUUUUUCUCAUCUAUUAAUUCUAGCCCUGUUUAUCUAAUUUGACAGGUGUGCCAACAACGUGCUCAUCCACAUUCAUGUAAUCCAAGCAGUUGCUGAGGAGAUUGAAAAGCUUUAACUACUUGGUCCUAUUUCAAUUAGGAAAUAAUGUGCAAGUGCACAAAUAAAUCUAUUAAAACAAUCAGAUUUCCGGAUUUUUUUCUUUGCCCAAGUUGCUUUGUGAGCUUUUUAACUGGAUGGACGCAUAUAUUAGGGAGUUUUAACAUGAAGCAAGCUCUUACCAGAAGUCAUCUGUCACAGAUGACUCCAUGGCUGUUGCUCCCGGUUUACUGCAAAACCUAAAUUUGUGCUCGGGAGGGCGGGAUAAUCAUAACCUCGCCUCAGGCAAAAUAUGUACAUAAGCUGUGAAAAAGGGAACACUUUCAUGUUUCAGCAGGCUGGCUGACAGACUUUGGCUGUGUUCUCUGGGAGGAGUCACAGAGAGGCUGUUUACAUCCAUUCAGCUUUAAACAGAUACUCAGGAUUAGUUCGGAACUAGAAGGGAUUACUGUAGAGUGGAGGACGAGAUCUGCAAGAUGCACUGCUAUGAGAGCGUGGUGAACUGUCUGAGCUGUGGGAUGCUGCUGGCAGGACUUCUUCACCUGAUCAAUCACAGGAAGGCACAGGCCUCCUAUGGACGCCACAUGAAACCCACCGCUCCAGCUAGGAUGGUCCCUGCCAGAGUCGCCUGGUUCCUGCAGGAGAUGCCAGCUCUUCUGAUGCCCCUGCUGCUGAUGCACCUUUCACGCCAAUAUUCCACUAUGGGGAGGGCCAUAUUGCUAAAGACCUUCUGUCUGCACUAUUUCCACAGGACAUUUGUGUAUUCCCUGCUAACCAGAGGACAGCCUUUCCCUCUGAGUGUGAUGACCACAGGAGGUUUCUUCUGCUUUUUGAACGGUUUUCUGCAGGGUCACUAUCUGCUGCACUGUGCCCAGUUUGAUGAGAAAUGGUCAGCUGGCUACUGCUAUACAAUUGUUGUGUUGCAUGUUGUUUCAGGCUUAGUGGUGUUUUACAUCGGAAUGGCCAUUAAUAUACACAGCGAUUACAUUCUGCGCAACCUGAGGAAACCGAAAGAGAUAGUUUACAAAAUUCCAGCAGGAGGCCUAUUUGAAUAUGUGUCUGGUGCCAACUACUUUGGGGAGCUGGUGGAGUGGUUUGGCUAUGCCAUAGUGACAUGGUCCCUUCCAGGAUUUUCAAUUGCUGUCUUUAGCCUCUGUUUUAUUGGACCAAGAGCCUAUUACCAUCACAAGUUUUAUAAGGAACAUUUUAAAGAAUACCCCAGGUUUCGAAAGGCUUUGAUUCCAUUCAUCUUCUGAAACAUCCUCUCAUUACUUUUUGUUGGGGAACGGUUCUAGUUUUAUCUCUAGAACACCAAACGCAUGAUAUUUUAUAGACAUAUUUCUGAGGUCUCUACUUUUAAGGUUGCUCUUUUUAAACAUGUGCUGUGCUGAGGAAACCAGAGUACCCAGAGGGAACCCACACAUAAAUGGGGAAACCAUGCAAACUAAAUGCACAAAUGCCUGCAGACUGGGAUUCAAACCCAGAACUUUAUUGCCACAAUUUUCUCACCGUGCAGCCCUUGAUCUAUUUAUGCCUUGAAGAAAAAGAACACGGUCUCCUCACCAGAGGGCAAAUGUGGCUCACUGGGUAGAGUAAUAAUUUUGAAGUUGGAAUUUGUGGGUUCCAAGUCAAGUCAAGUCAAGUUUAUUUGUAUAACACAUUUCAGCAACAAGACAGUUCGAAGUGCUUCACACCAUAAAAACAUAAUAAUGCAGGUUCCAGCUUCUUCCUGUCACAUGUUGAUGUUCCCCUGCUCAAGGCACUUAACCCAGAGUUGCCUACUUGUCUGCGUAUCAGUGUAUGCAAUUGUAUGUGUUGGUGAGUAUGACUAGAAGAAUGUGAUUUUUGUGGUCUUUAGGGUUUUUAAACCAUUUUGAGUUUUCAGUAUUACAAAAAAAACACUAUAAACUCAGUGUACCAUUUUUAAUACAGAUGUUUGCUGCACCUGCAUGGAUGUGUUUGAGGCCUCUACUAUUUUUAAGAAAGUGAAUGUUUUCCUCAAACUCAUUCUGUAUCAAAUUGUGUCUACGCUUGUUAUUUGCCCCCUGAUGGAGGAUCUAGUCAAGUGUCUCCAGUCCACCCUUUACAGCUUCAGUCCCUCAACUUCUAAAUGCAUCCGCGUUUCACCAUACAUGAGUCAAACAGCUGAAUUUACCUUCUGAGCGUGUGUUUGGGUUCUGCACAUUCUCGUUUAUGGAAGAAUAAAGGUGCUGGUUUCGACUCCCUAUCCUUGGUCUUUCUGAGAACAUGGAGUUUACAUGUUCUCAUUGUGCAUGCAUGGUGCUCUCCUGGUACUCCCACAGUUCAAAUACAUAACUGUUAGAUUAAAUGGUAGCUAAAUUUGUAUAUAUGAGGGUGUGGUUCCCAUGGUUGUUUUUCUCUGUGUUGCUCUGUGAUGGACUGGGGAUCUGUCCAACGACUGCUGGAGAAAGGCACCAAUCCCCUGCGACCAUUUAAAAAAAGGAAAAGAAAUAAAGUAAGCAUGCAAACUCUUUUUUGGCAGAUGGCUUUAGGAAUCUGCAUCUAAAUUGUGCUUUCAGCCCUCUUAACACCUAAUUUAUCUUUUAUACUCUGAUAUUUAUGAAACCUUUCAAGGCCAUUUUGCUCAAAACUCUCGACAGAAUCUUGUUUUUGCUUUGUGACGCCUGGUGGAUGCUCUCAGAAUUGCAGGUACGAGUGCCAGCUUUUAUUCAGGAAUCCAAAAUGGCUGUGCGCACAAAGAAACACUAAAACAAACUAACAAAAAAGAGCUUUUAAUAGUGUCCAGCAACUCAUAACAACCUAAUGUGUCAUUAAAUGUUAUAUACACCAAUAUGCAGUAUACGGUAAUAUGUACAAAUCUGAAACCAACUUCCCGAAAACUGCAUAACAGUUGAAACACUGAGUUCCUUUAAAUCAAGUCUAAACCCCCAUGUGUUAGAAUUACCUUUGAUUUUGAUGAAAUGUAAUGUUUAUUACUUGUUUCAUAACUGGAUACUGUGUGAUGUGUGUGUAAAGCGCUGCAAACUGUCUUGUUGCUAAAAUGUGAUGUUCAAAUAAACUUGACUUGACUGGACUGGACCCUGUGGAGUAAAGGCUUUUCUAUUCAGGUCCGUUUCAUUGCUCAGUGGAUCAGAUGGUUUUUUUUUUUUUAAAGAAAAUGUCAUGAUUUACUAUCAUUUGUGCCCACAUCAAAACUGAAAUUUUAUUUAUUUUUUUAAGAUAUGAAAGGAGUAUUAUUUAAUUAGAAUUUAAUUAGAAUUUGAUAUUUCUUUUGUCUCUUUCUGGCCAUACGGUCAAUACAUAUUUCAAAAAAAGUAACAAAACAAAAAAAAGCGGGAGUCCAUUUAAUGUUUCAUGAAACUUUGCUAAGGUUUUUUAAAGGUGGGUAAUAACCAGCUCAAUU